CCAAACCACACCAUUGCUUGUCUGCGGGUUGUGCAAUGUUCGACGAACACAUUGCGCACGCCUCCUCAGCAGGCCUUGCCCAAGGCUCGCAGCCCCACGUUCGAUACGAGGGCUUCGAGCCCUCACCGUACAGCCAGGAUGAGAGCAGAGCUGAAGCCCUCGAUUUCGAGGACAUCCAAUAUGCCGACCCAGCUGCAGCACUCGAACCCAUCUUCGACCUCGGCCGCGUCCAGUAUACCCUCCCAGCAUCAUUGAUAUCUCUUGUCGUCUCCUCGGACAUGCUUGCCAUGGGCCUCGCAUCUAAUACUAUUGUUCUCAUUGAAUUGGCGCAUGCGGACCAGGUCAUCAAGAUUCCAAUUCCGAGGAAGACAACAGAGUUUACCAUUCACAAAUUGUUCUUGGAUCCAUCAGGGAGGCAUUUGGUCAUCACGUCUCAGCAGGGAGAGAACUGGUAUCUUUACAAGGGCUGGAAGAAACCCAAGCAACUCAAGUCGCUCAAGAUGGUCAUUGAGAGUAUAGCAUGGAACAAGGCUGCUCUACUGUCCUCUUCACACCUGACUUCUACACGCGAGAUGCUCAUUGGCGCGCGAAACGGGACGAUUUAUGAGGCCGUUCUCGAUGCGGAGGAAGACUUCUUCAAGUCCCAAGAUCGAUACCUACACCCCGUGUUCACUCUACCAGAACGACAUCCCAUCACCGGUAUCAGCUUCGAUUUCUUUCCACCCCUGGAUGCGAAGAAGGCGCUCGUAGUCGUCACAACACCGUCGCGGAUAUACCAGUUCGUGGGGGUGCCGGACAGACGGUCGGAUGACGUGGGGAAGGUGUUCAAUGGCCUCUUCGCGAGCUACAGAGAUACAGCGCCGAAGAUCUCUGAACUGCCUGGAAGCAUUCAACAUUCCGAACUUCAUUACUACACCCCCAACAGCGGCCAGGCACAGUCUCUACCAAAGGAGAUGGCAUGGAUGACAGGACCGGGUAUCUUCCAUGGAACGAUGAACUUCCAGUCCACAACGGACGACUUCAUCGACAGCCCUCAAUUAUUCCAGUACCCCUCGUUCUCCCAGAGCGGCUCUCAACCGGGAGGCGCUGAUGCUCCAGCGUCAAUAGCUCUGACCGAGUUUCACUUUGUUAUGCUUUACGGGGACCGGAUAGCAGCGACAUGCACCUUGGACGAGAAACUGACGUAUGAGGAACUCCUGCCACUAAAACCUGGAGAAGAAGUCCGGGGACUGACGGCAGACCCAGUACGGAAAACCUACUGGGUCUACACCGACCAAUCUCUAUUCGAACUUGUUGUAGGUAACGAAGAUCGGGAUAUCUGGAAAGUCUACCUCGAGCGUGAAAAGUUCGACGCGGCGCUGAAGUACACCAAGACAGCACCACAGCGAGACCACGUUCUCGCUGCUCAAGCCCAUGCUUUCUUCAAGGAUGGAAGGUACUUCCAGGCAGCACAAGCUUAUGCCCAGUGCUCUGUCCCGUUCGAGGAGGUCACUCUGAAAUUCCUGGAUGUAAAUGAGCGGGACGCGUUGCGCUCUUACCUCGUUUCACGGCUAGAACGCACACGACGGACGGACCUCACUCAGCGAAUGAUGCUCGCCACAUGGCUGGCUGAGUUUUAUCUGAGUAAGUGCAACGAGCUGGACGAUUUAGCUGCGUCGUCCUCAGCGUCGUAUGACGUGGAGAAUGUGAAAGCGGAGCAGAUGAUGUUGGAGGAAGAUCUCCGGCAUUUCUUCAAGACAUACAAGGAUAACAUCGACCCUACGACCAUGUACGAACUGAUUCAAGGGCACGGUCGUACGGAUAUGUAUCUCUACUAUGCGACGCUCAUAGGAGAUCACGAACGUGUUGUCGAGCACUGGAUUCUCGAGGAAGAAUGGACGAAGGCCAUCGAAGUCAUCAGCCAACAAAGCUCUUUAGACUUGUACUACCGAUUCGGACCCGUACUCAUGAGACAUUCACCCAAGGAGACCGUCGACUCUUGGUUGAAGCAGCCAGCACUUGACCCUCUUCGUCUUGUCCCUGCCCUUCUACAAUUCCAACAUGCCCCCCGAGAUCCAUUACAGCCGAAUCAUGCAGUUCGGUAUCUCAACCACGUCAUAUUCGACCAACAGAGCACAUCAUCUACGAUCCACAACCUCCUUAUCACGUUCCAUGCAUCACCGUCCUCACCCGACGACGACGUUGCACUUCUCCGUUACCUCUCCAGCGCACCCACGGACCCUCUCACUAACAAGCCUUACUACGAUCUCGACUACGCCCUCAGGCUAUGCAGCGAGGCCAACAGGAUCCAGCCAUGCGUGCAUAUCUAUUCGCAGAUGGGCUUGUGGGAGAGUAGCGUGGACUUGGCACUAGAGAAGGGGGACUUGGAGCUGGCGAAGAUCAAUGCGGACAAGCCGGAGGACGAUCAGCAGUUGAGGAAGAAGCUGUGGUUGAAGAUCGCGAAGUUUGUGGUGCAGGAUAAGCAGGACAUCAAGAUGGCGAUGCGUUUUCUCGAAGACACCGACCUGCUCAAGAUCGAGGACAUCCUUCCUUUCUUCCCCGACUUUGUUGUCAUCGACGAUUUCAAAGACGAGAUCGCCAAUGCGCUUGAAGGGUACGCAGCCCAGAUUGAUGGCCUCAAGAGCGAGAUGGACGACGCGACGAAGAACGCGGAUUCAAUCAAGGAAUACAUCGCUGGACUGAGGAACCGGUUCAUCACCAUCGACGCAGGCGAGAAAUGUACGGUGUGUUCGUACCCGCUACUCACGAGGCAGUUCUAUGUCUUCCCUUGUCAGCACACAUUCCAUGCGGAUUGUCUCAUCGGUUUGACGAAGGAAUACCUCCCCGCACAUGCUCUCCGCCGCAUCCUAGCUCUCCAAAACGAACUCAUGAAAGGCAACCCUAGCAGUAUCGACCGCAGCGCCAUCAACACACUCGCCACACCCGGCACAGGAACCGUCCCCUCUCGACAGCAGCAGCACCAACCGCACCACAGUCGUUCGGUUUCCAACUCGCACCCAUCCCCACAUCAUUCACUACCCCCAACCGCCCAACGAACGCUCCUGUCCUCCAACUUCACCGCACCAUUGCAAAACGGCACCCGAGCCGCGAACUCCCUCGGUCGGAAUAUUCUCUCUGCGGGAGACAGGCUCCGAGACUUGAUCGUCCCGGACGCGCUGGCUUCAGUGGUCACGGCGCCGGCGGGGUGGAUACCUGGGAUCGGACUCGGUGCGGGCGUCGUGGGCGGGGGCGGGGCGAAGAGGGGGACGGUGAUGGAGAAGGAGUUGGGGAAGAGGGCGGAGAGGAUGAGGAAGGAGUUGGAUGAGAUAUUGGCGAGGGAGUGUCCGCUUUGUGAGAGUGUGGUCGUUGGGCUGGACAAGCCGUUCGUGAAGGAGGGAGAGGUGGAUUCGAGUUGGGAUCUGUGAGAUGGCGUGGUGGUCAUAGUGUGGCGGCGCCGGCGUUUAGUUUAUCUGCGUCCGAGUGAUCUCAUCCUUUGGAAUGGUCGCUGUCGUGCCAUUUGUGGUUCGAAAUAGGUCGUGCUUCGAUUGAUAUAUGGAAUGAGCGACAUUUGUCCUCGUCGCUUUUGGUAUAUGUUUCGUACUAAUUUGUGUCUUCUUGCACUAUGA